CGCGAACAUACCCAUACCCUUCCCUUUGGAUGAUACAUUCUGUCCUCGGGUCGUUAGGUCGCGAUUCAUCGUAGAGAGGAAGCGUGGUCAUGAUGAGGGCAUCGUUGGGUCCAAGUGUUGGACGUGGCGCAGGGCUUGUGCUCAACUUCGGGCGACUGGAUGCUUCACCAAGAAGUUCACCCUUCAUGACAAGCGGAUGCUUUCAAACAAUGGCCACCGUGAACUGUGUGGCUCGAUCUCUGGCGAGGGCAAUGAUGGUUGCUAAAGGCAGAUCCAGGGAUAACGAGAGCCCUUUUGUAUUGCACUUUACCGAGCCCAUUGUGAGACAUGUACAAUGCAUCAAUAUUGUGAAGAAACAAUGCAGGCAAACAGCACCCGAAAGAAACUGUUGUUCUCGUGAUACGCACACGUGGUGUUUCCUACCUGGCCUUACUCUACGCGAUGUCGAUAUGAAUACCAAAAUUGAACUCGCCGGACCCUUUUCCAUAGAUCAGCUCCCACCAGUCGUCACUUGCUCUGGGCAACUUGACUGUUCUCUUGACUUCUCUUCUUCCAUGAGUCCAAUAACUGCCUCAGGUUCGAUAUGUACAGUUGAUUCCGCCUUUGUCCAGAAGGGACUUCAACCGUUCUUCUCGUCGAACGCAGAGCUCACGGUGCCGACAUGGCGGUCUUGCUUAAUCAUUGGGACUCAGGGAGGAUCGUGCAUUCUGUCAUGGACAGCCUCCAAGUGCCAGUAUUGCCUCCCACUCGUGCCCCUUCCUUCCCCCGGUUUCCCCAAUAUCCAGGAGUUCGGAAAGAGUUUGGAUCUUCUAAUAAACGAACAAUCCUCAUUUCAUAGUAAGAAACCAGCUGAAAAGUAACGAGUGGAUAGCAAUUGGGCAAAACGUGGUACAGAUGAGGCAGUGAAGAGUAAAGGAGCGGAUCUCGA